AUGUUUCGAAGUUCUCACAUUGUCACCAUACAUAUCCGCAAGAAGCCACUCCAUGUCCACACCCACUACCGCACAUUCACUAAAUUUGACUCCUUCGGCAACUCUCCCAUUCCCGCUUCCAAACAGCGCUUCGUCCCAGCAUCUGGCACCUACCCUAAGGGUUUCUUAAUCGGCAGUACAAAUGUCGGGAUAAAACCUUCUAGUCUAUCCCAACCCGACUUGAUUUUGGUGACGAGUGAGAAAAAAUGGGAGACAUGUGGAGCUGCUGUACUUACAAAGAAUGAGUUCCCAGCUGCUAGUGUGGUUGUUACUAGGGAAUUAAUUGAGAAAAAUGGGAGAAUGGGGUUGAGGGGUGUGGUUGCGAAUUCGUGGUGUGCAAAUCUACUUACGGGGGAACAGGGGCUGGAGGAUUCGAGAAAGAUGAGUAGGGAGGCGGCUGACUCUGAAUUCUCGGGCUUAGGUAUGGGUGGGCAACGACUCCCUAUUGAUAACAUCAUCAAAGGCUUCCAAACACUCCACCAAAACAUGGGUACCACUCAUGAUCACUGGUUACAAGCCGCUUGGGGUAUUUGCACAACCGAUACCUUCCCCAAACUCGCAUCCCGGGCCUUCACCCUCCCAUCCUCACCAAACACUACCUUCUCUAUCGCAGGUAUCACCAAAGGCGCGGGAAUGAUCCAUCCAAAUAUGGCUACCACACUUGGCAUAAUCUGCACUGAUGCACCCGUUGCACCUUCCGCUCUGCAACAGCUCUUGAAUACGGCAGCUGAUAAAAGUUAUAAUUGCAUUUCUAUCGAAGGCGAUACAAGCACGAAUGAUAUGGUGACUAUGUUCGCCAAUGGCGCCGCUGCACCUACCCAUACUCCCAUCGAAUUUAAUUUAUCGGCAUCUUCCCAGUCUGAAGAUUUCAUUGUUUUCCAAAGGAUGCUCAUUGAGUUCAUGGCUGAUCUAGCAAAGUUGGUAGUAAGAGAUGGCGAAGGCGCAACGAAGUUUAUCACUAUACGAGUACGAAACGCGCCAACUUACCCAGCUGGCAAACAUAUUGCGUCCGUCAUAGCGCGUUCUGUCCUUUUCAAAACUGGUGUUUAUGGUAAGGAUCCAAAUCCUAUCGGUGUUCUGGCUGCGUUAGGCUAUUCUUUAAUGAAUACGGAAUUUGCUGGAAAAGGGAUCAUUAAGCGUGAAUCAACAUCCGUGAGUUUUGUGCCUAUUGAUGGUGUGGAUGAAUUGAAUUUUGUGAAAAAAGGAAGGCUAGUUGAAGUUGAUGAGGUGAGGGUUAAGGAGCUGAUGGAGAAAGAAGAUGUGGAGGUGGUGGUAGAUUUGAGAGAUGAUGGGGGUGGGAGUGGAGACGAAGCAGUUUAUUGGACGUGUGAUAUUACGCAUGAAUAUGUAUCGAUAAACGGGGAUUUCAGAAACUAA